UAUAAUGCAAAAUACUAUUUUAGGAUAUUUCAACAAAUGAAUCAUAACUUAAAAACAUUCAGAGUUUCCCUAUUUGGUUAUACACUUAGAUUUUAGAGAUUAUUCCAAACUUUUUACAUCCUAAAGCAGCCUUUAACAGAUGUUCACGAUAAUGUUAAGUUAAAAAAUCUGAAUUGAAUGUGAUCGAGGUAAAAGCUCAUUAAAAGUAUGUAUCAUAACUUCUGUAUAUACGUAAAUAUUUUAACGACCACUGAUGUAAAAAGUUCUCAAAUUGUAUUGGUUAAUAUAUCGGUUUAUUUCACAUCGCAAACUCUGUAAGAGGAUUGUCAUGUAUCCGUCUUGUGAUUUUUGUUUAUUGACUUUGAUGAUGGAUCCAAAUCGUGACAUUAACGAGACUUUCCUGCUGGCUUGUCCGGUAUGGACAUCGUGUUACAACCGCUACAUUGUAGAAACAUAGACCGGAUGAGCCAUAUAGAGCAAUAUGGGUAAUAAUAACUCUCAGCAACCUCCACCAUCUUCUGUAGAUGUUGUACGGCGGCCACCAUCACGUCCAAAUGCUCCCCCCAGUGCACGACCCAUUAGUGACCUGGGUCCGCGGGGACCUAGUUACUACAGCCCUGAAAACCAAGUGUUACCCAAGGAGCUACCUUCGAUCCUCAAACUUCGACCUGUAUCUAUGGAACUUAGUAAAUAUAACCCAGACUUUCAAGAUAUUUAUGCUCAAGAGAGCAAAGAAAAUUUAGAUGACAAUGAAAAUAAGAUCGAAAUGAAUGGCAACAUUGGUGAUAAUACACAAGAUAUACAGAAGGCUAGUUCACCACCCAGACCUCCACCACCUGUUCAGAAUGGUCACAUUCCACCAGAUACACCAUUAUCACCUGUGUCACAGCUACCAAAUGGUCAAAUCCAGACAUCUGCAAAACCGUCAACAAGCAGUGCAAAAGGUCCAUACAGACCUAGCCAUCGUCGCCAAAUGUCUCUUGGAGAGAAACAUGUUAUUCUUGAGGAACCUGAGGAAUCUAUAGAGUCCCGGGUAAAACUUGACCCACUGAUGCAGUCAUUUCCUGGUGCUACAGGUCCAUCACUGCCUGUAAAGAAUAAUUUUAAUCUGGAUUAUUCUUAUCAGUUGACGUAUGUUCAGCUUGCGGAACACAGAAGAAGUAAAACGAUAGAAGAACUUGAGAAAAAAACUGGUAAAAAGCUGAGUGAUCUGAGUGCAGACUUAAGUGAGCACACAGAGAAGCCUGCUUUUAGCAGAGAUGCUCCAUCUAGAGUUUCCUCUAGAAGUUCUGGAAGUGGGGUGAGUAGCAAGAAAAAGAGAGCUCCAGCUCCACCAGGUCAGGCUCCCCCUCCACCACCUUCAAGUCCACCUGCCAAUCAUCAGCCAUAUUCCGUUGAUAAUGAGCCACCAGUUGAUUACGACAUAGAGUCACCUAGAAGGCCUACUCCUUCAUCUGUUGUCUUGCCAAGGUACUCAUCACUUCCUCCAGUUUCGCGAGUGGUGCCAUCUGUAAGCAUGGUUCCACCACCACCACCACCUCCUCCUGGUUCAUCACCAAGGAAACCAGCUGUGAACCUGUCCAGAACCCCUAGUAUGUCUAAUGGUACACCAGAAAUUAUCCUGAGGAAAACACCAGAUGUUAAACCUGUCUCAAAGGACCAGGAAAGCUCUGAUGGAAAGAUACCAUGGUUGCUUGAAAUAAAAAAUCUCUCUGAAGUUCGUGCUGCACGGAGGCAGCAAUCCCAGGAGGCAUCAGAAACUCCUGAAAUUCAACAGAGUGAUUCUACAGUAAAUGAUAUGAAUGAGGCUGAAAAUAGUCCACAAGUAGAAAGCAAAGACAUUGUUAAGCCUAAACUUGUUUUUGAAAGUUCUACAGAUACAUUUGCAAUUAAACAAGAGAAUGAAAGUAAGUCUGUUGAAAGAAGUAAUUCCUUUAAGGAAGCAGAAAAACCAGCUGCUGCAAAACUUCUGAGACACCAUUCUACUACAGGUUAUGAUCACGCAACUGCUGCACAUCUACAACGACAGACUUCUGAACCAGCUAAACCAAUAACUGGAGACCCAGUUCGCAGAUUGAGUUCACUUCUGCAGCAUGACAUCAAAGCUGCUGCAAAUGCUAAGUGUCACAAAAUUGUGAAGCAGACGACACCAGUUCCACCAAAACCGAAAGAUCCUCAUACUGUAUUUCGUGAGCAACUUCAGAAAGCAUGUGCUGCUAGAGAUGAAAGGGCAAAGUCUGAAGGAACAAUUGAUGAAAAACUUAAACUCAACUCAAGUAAUGCAAGUUUCGACAUGGAGAAUGAUGAAAAUGAAAUUACUCCAAAAUAUAACACAACACCGAGAAAAGAGAAAACAGAGUCAAAUGUGAAGGAAGGUCCAAAUACACUGCCUAAACCUCCCAGGUAUCAUAAAAAUGUGACAAUGAAUCGUAACUCUUCUUACAAUAGAGUUCAGAGAGGAAACUCAACUGAGAAAUCACCAAGAGAAAAUAGAGACAGACAAGCAGUGUCAAUGUCUCUUGAUUGGACCCCUGAAGAUGACUUAGAUUCUGAUGAUAACUUAUCAGAUCGUGAGGUUAUGACAAGGAGACUGAAUUCUACAGAUGGAUUCAAAUCAACAAUUAUACCUAACACAAUGACUGACAUGAAAACAAAAAAGAAAAAAGGAAAGAAUUCUCAGAAAGAAAAUGGUCCUUCUGAUGAACAGAACAAAAACAAAUUUGGCAGUGUUCGUAAACUCAAGAAAUCAGUGCACAAAAGUGUGAAAAAUGCUUUUGGAUCUAUAAGCAAAGCUUCUGGGAAAAUAUUACGCAGGCAAAGAUCAGAAGAUUUCGAAGCUGUUGAAGAUGCUCCGAAAAAUUGGAGCAUGACAGCAAAUGCUAAUGGACAAGGUGACCGUUCACACAAAUACCGGAUACCUCUCUCUUAUGAGCAAGAUGAAGACACUGAUUCUGACAUUGAACCUUAUAAUCAUGAUCAUGAAUUUUCAGAAGUUGUUUUUCGACAAAAUGGUAGAAAUGAUUCUGAGGAGAGUAGUGACUCUACAUAUGAAAGCGAAGAUAAGGCCCCUCAGAACAUUAAACGUGCUGGUGUUGCUUACAUAAGUGCUAAGGGACAGUUGGUGUUGAUGAAAGAUGAAGAUGAGGAAGAAAUGAUAGAAAAACUAAAGAAGAAAGAUAAGAAAAAGAAGAGCAAAGAUAGAAAUACUUCAGCAGAUCGCAGUAGUGAAGAACUUUGGGAAAAGGAAAGAAAACAGGAGGAGGAGAGAAGGAAACAGUUAGAAAUGGAAUUGGAAAUGCACAAAAGACGUGAAGCAGAAACAAGAGAAAGAUUGCAAAGGUUAGAAAAUGCUCAUCUACAGCAACAGCUUUUACAACAGCAACAGCAGCAGCAGCAACAGCAACAAAACUUAGGUGUGCUAACUGCACCACCAUUACCUCCUGCAGGGAGCUUUCCAGGUUAUGGAACACUUCCAGACCCUGCAAGAGCUCAAACCCAGGGAUUUACCAACAUAUUUGGGCAGCAACUUCCUCAGAAUGGGUACCAGACUAAUUUCGGACUUUAUUCACAGACUGGUACUUAUAAUCCGGUAACUAGUAUGCCUUAUGAUUUAAAUGACUAUAUGAGAAUGCUUGGAGUACAAACUCCCCCUACCUCUCAACAAAUGGCAUUCUUUUUGAAUAAUAUGACAUUAGCGGGUCAACCGUUAGACCGGAAGUCAAAUCCGGCAUUAUUAGAUAUGUUUAAUCAGCAAUACCCAAACGGGACCAUGAAUUAUGGUGUGGACACUAGUUUGAAGAAAUCGGCUUUUCAGAAUUGGGCAAGUACGCCAAAUAUUAAUGUGUCAAGUAGCGUCGCAAAUAGUGUUCCCUUGAAUGACUUUGUCGCAAGCUAUAAUGGUGCUAAUAAUAAAAACAAUGAGAAGGAUGAUGCUAAAGUGAAAUCUCGUAAUCCUUUAUAUGAUAGUGAUGACUCAGAUGGGGGACUUUCCCCGCAAAAAACGGUGGCACGCGCGCAGGUGAAAGACUAUAGAAAAUUACCUGUACGCACAGAGUCGGGAAAAUUCAUGAAAAAAUAUGGUAGUGAGACUUAUAUUACACAAAAUAAUCAAGAUACACAAAAUACAUUUUCGGACACAAAUAAAUCGUUAGCAAGGAUACCAUACGAUGAAGGCCAUCCUCAGCAGCAACGAAGUGUGUCGCCUAGCAACAGUGUGUCAACUGUAGAUAGUGCCAUGUCAGCUACAUCAGUAACCCUCAGUACACCCUCGUCACCAUCAAGGUCGACAGGUGCACCUGCAUCACCAACCUUGAUUUCAAGGUCACACAACUCAGCACAUGGAUUUAAGACAGUUCUUGACCUGACCUCGCCAGAAGGAGGGUCUAUGCAAAUUAUUUCAACAAAUGGGGACCCAGUCAAGUUAUGAGUAUGUGAUACAGUCAUUUGUUUCCUCUUGACCAAUGAUCUGCCUGGAUACUAGUCAUAUGACCCAAGGUCAACACAGCGUGACAGUCUGAUUGCAGUUCUGACUGAAAUGGAAUUCAAACUGUGAAACAUGACUGUAUAAAUGCAUUUGUAAGUCUCAGAUGCAGGAAGGAAAAUGGAUUAUUAUAGGCCCAUGAAGAAAAAUGUGCGUUUUACAGAUUAUAGAAAGUGUCAAAUGAAAAUGCCAAAAUGAUAAUGACUUGUAUAUAAUAAAUACUCAUAUAAAACCAGAUGGUUUUUAAGCUGGUUGAGUUGUUCAGUUUGGUUUUUACAAGUGAAGUACACAUGUAUUAAUGCCUACACUUAUAUUUGGGACUGACUUAAAGUUGGGACUGACUUAUGGUCGAGACGACUUAUUAAGAAGACGUAUGAAUAAUGUUAUACAAAAAACAAUGCCAAAAGCAGGAACACUACUAGUAAAUCAGUUGUCUUUUAAAGAGCUGCUGAUUUGAGCCAAAAUGUUUUCAUUUUGACAGUUAUUACUAAUAAAAAUGGCAGUUUGUUAAACAUUCAAGAGAUGUAUUUGUGUAGACCUUUGUAUACAUUAUCAUCAGCUUGCCUAUAUUUGGAAAUGUGAUAUAAUACAGUAGAUCUGUAGAUUUUUGUCAUUGUAGUUAUCAUAUAUAUAUUAUCAAAAAGUGGUGUAUUUGUAAACAGAGUAGAUCUGUUGCAAAUUCUUGUGACAAAUUACAGUUACCCUAGAUAAGAAAUGCUCUGUUUAUUUGAACAAAGAGGUGUAUUACUAAGAAAAAUGCUUUUGAAAGCUGCUGAAAAAUUUAUUUAUUACAGAAAUAAGCAGCUUUUAAAUGACCUUUGAUUAUUUCUUUUAAAUGGUGUUGUUUUGUAAAGACUGAAAUUAACUUGGACCUGUUUAUUUCAAAACUUAUUUGGCCAAAAUAUAUGUAAAUUUCAUAUGGUAUCAUUUAGUAUAUGAUGACGAAAGACUACUGGGUACAGUUUUAGUAUGUAUUUUAACAAAUUUGAAAUACAAUAAAAAGGUCAGCCAUAAGUCUGUUCUUAACUACAGAGUUCAACUUUUUAAAUUAGAGGUACCAGAAUAGUUCGUUCAAAGCAAAUAUAUGGGAACUAUUUUCUUGAAAUGCAAAUUUAUAGUUGUUAAUGGAUAUGUUGCAAGUUUGUUAAUGGAGUUGAAUGUUUUUGUUGAAAAUAUAUUUAGGUGAUUCUUUAUUGAGAUACUUCAUAUCUGAUUCAUAUCUGUUAUGUUUAUACGUCAACGCUCCAGGUGUUAAAAUAUUUGGAGGAAUAUAGUGUUUGAACUGUUCGUCAGUGUGUCCGUCUGCCACACUUGCAUGUGCACUCAGCUCAUCCUUACAGUUCACAGCCAAUUCAAAUGAAACUAAGUAUAUGUAGUCAACAUGAAAUGGACAUGUGCAUAUUUUUUGUUACUUUUAUUUAGCAUGCUCCUUUCUUAGACUUAAUGACAUGCAUCUUCUAAAGCUUUUCUAGGGGGCAUGUGUCAUACAUUUAUUAAAGAAUAGAUUCAAAUUCAAGAUUUGUUUUUUUUUUUAAAAAUCUGUGCAUAGACCUCUUGUCAUAAUUCAUGACUGUUUCAGGAAACAGUAAAAUGGCUUUUGAAUGUGUUUUUCAGUCUUAAGAAACUAAUUUAUUCCUGCUUUUUGGCAAUUUAAUUAAUAUUUAUUUUUUUUAAUCAAUAAAAUCUAAUAAUAUUAUUACAGUUAUCAACCUUUUUCUAUGUAAAAUGUUGCCUGACACACAGGUAGAAUUUCUGUCUUAAAAAAAAAGAAUGAAAGAAAAUAUGUUUUAUGUAAGCACUUUAGGACAUGAUUUGUUUUCUCAUUCUAUGGAUAUUUAAUACAUUUUGCAUAAAUACCUACAUUACGUAGCACUUAAUUUAGCUCUUUUGAAAUUGUACAUAUUUAAUGCUUGUACAGAAUAAAUGAUCUAAGAUUUAUUAUGUGCAAAAAAAUAUCUUAAGUGCUUUCGAAUCAUUUUAUGAAAUAUCUUGGCCAGUAUACUGUGAGGAUCUUGUGUUUGCAAUUUUUUGUCACUUUUUUCGCCCAGUCAUUGUUCUUAUUGGUUAAAAAAAUAAAAUCUUAAGAUAAAAGGCCAAACUUAGAGUUUAUUUUGUGCUAUGAUAUUUUAAGUAACAAGUAAAUAUCAUUCAAGUAUUUCAUGCUAAGUGUUCCUGGUUGGAUUUUAAAAGGUUUUUUAGACACAUGCCAAGUUUUGCAUUUUUUUCUCUUAUCAUGGCAAAACUUUAAAAAAGAAAAUAUGACAUCAGGUCCAAAUUAAUGACAUGUCUUUUAUGGCAUAUAUAAAUAAAUUUGCGUACUAAGUGAGUUGUUACCUAUUAAAGUCACCUCUGUAACGGUACAUGUGACAUUGAUAAAGAUGGACUAAAUUUCAUUCCAAGAUGAACUGCUUUAAUUAAGCUGUGGGCGAUUCUUAAAGUUCCUGUCAUUAAAUUGGCAUGUAGAGUUCUGAUCGCUAAUGGACGAUCACAAGUUCAAUCUAUUUUUGCCCCACCUCUUUUAUUUGUAGAGAAGUUGUUGGUUAUUUGUAGGGAACAAGUUGUUAUUAUACAUUUAUUAAAUGGUAUUUCUUACCGCAAAACUUUAAAAAAGAAAUGAAUGGUAUUGGCAUGCCUAUAGUGGUUGUUAGCAUGUCUAAACCUGUAUUUGCAUGAGGGUUUAGCCCAAGUGCCAAUAUAGGCUUAGGCAUGUAAGGCAGGUCAUUUUUUGUUUAAUAAGUUGUUUAUUAUAUACGCAUUAAUAAACACAAUUACGAGUACUUGACCAUUUAAAUCAAGUAAUUUUAAUCAUAUAAAAUACUGACGUCCACAAACUUUUUAACUUGAAAAUGAUGUCAAAAAUGCUGUCCGCAUAUGGCGGUCCAAAAACUGGCUAUUGUGCCCGCUUCAGGUUAUUAGCCUGGAACUAAGACUUUUUAUGAAAUACUAGUAUUGUUUUACAUUGGAAUUGCACCUAAAACAUUAACAAUAAAGCAACACUAGAAAAGAUUUUUUUCAUGAAAAUUGAAAAUCAUUUUUUUUGAAACAGAACAGAUAUUACAAAAGUUUUUGCCUCUUUUUUUGACACAUCACCACAGCAGAAAAAGCAGUUAAUUGCAUUGACAUUAUGAAACAGUUAAGGGAUUUUUUUAUUGUGUUGAUGAAUUAUUGUAUUCCUCAGGAUCCUCCAGUUUUGUUAUAAACAUCUGUAAAGUACUCACAACAUUAUAUUUGUGUUAUCUAAAAUAUUAUAUGGAAUGCUAUAGAUCUAAAAUUGUUUUUUAUAUAUAUUGUUAUAAUAUGUUUUUGUAUAUUUGUUACCUAUUUACAAAUUCUAGUACCAUAAUGUUGCAGAGAUCUCUAGGUUAUAGGUGAAAUUAUUACAGAACAAAUGCAUGUUAAUAUAAAUUUUGUGAAAAUAUGUUUGGUAACAUAUCCCCUGUUUAUAUUAUACUAUACACAUAUCAUCAUUUUUUUUAUUUUCAUGUUAUUGUGAAUUUCAUUUAGUCUCUAUCAGGUAUUUGGCUUGUAUUUACACACAAGGUUAAAAUUACUUUAUAACAUUCAUAAACUGAGUGUAGCAGAAAUCUGCGUGCUGCAAGCAGUGUUUUUGCUAGAAUUACAUUUCAUAUUGUUUGACGGACUUAUAAAAUUAACAGUUUCUUGCCUUAAGGCUGAAAAUUGGUCCUUACAAACUUUACUGCCAUUUUUGCUCAUAAAAUAAUGUUACCAGGAGUAUUUUUCACUGACUUUCUAAAUGGAACAAAUUUGAAGCACAUUUGUAAAACCAGUUAUUUCUUCAUUACUUGAAAGGUCAUAAAAUAUUUUAUGUUGGCUGACUCCUUGUGCUGUAUAACAACUAAUAUAUAGUUAGCAGGAAAACCUUUGAAGGACAAGAUUUUGUAUCUUUAAUUUACUCCCAGUUUACUAUUUGUUAGUUAGAGCUAUCACAAGGAAUAAUGGGGAUUCUUUUUAAAUUUGAUUUUUUUUUCAUUCAUUCAGCAAAUGUAAUUUUACAUUGUAACUACACAUAUUUUCAUCAAAUAUUGUCUUCAUUUAAACACUUUCAAGCAAACACUGCUGUUACAGUAGAUCUAUUUUGUUUUAUAUUUUAUCAAAAAUAAAAACUAAUUUAGUAAUGGCCCCCAUUUUGAUCUCUUUGUCAUAUUUUUCAACAUCACAUGUCAUAAAGUAUCCAUUUAUUGUGUACAAAAUUCAAUGGUGAAACCAAAUUUAUUUUUAUACAUUUCUUUCCUUUUUUUCAUACCUUUUCACAUAAACUGAUACCAUUGUCUCUCUACCUCAUGCAUUUGAUAGUUUUUGCAUUAUAAACUAGGGUUGUUGUAGCACCAACAAUAUUGUCAAUGCACUGGCAAAGUUGUUGUUACCUUGCCACUGUUGUUGUUACACUGAUGUUGCUGCCUUCUUAGCUCAGUAGGGAGAGCACAGAUCUACAGAUCGGGGGGUCACGAGUUUGAUCCCCGGACGGGGCGUAUGUUCUCCGUGACGAUUUGAUAAAAGACAUUGUGUCUGAAAUCAUUCAUCCUCCACCUCUGAUUCAUUUUGGGAAGUUGGCAGUUGACUUGUGGAGAACAGGUUUGUACUGGUACAGAAUCCAGGAACACUGGUUAGGUUUACUGCCUGCCGUUACAUAACUAAAAUACUGUGGAAAAAAGGCGUUAAACCCAAAAUGACAACAACCAAAGUAGUGUAAUUGUUACACCAGAAAUGUUGUUGUUGCACCAGUAGUGUUGUUGUAAUACUGGCUAUUUUCUCAUUGCAAUGACAAUGUGGCAUGUCACUGACAACAUUGGCAUAAUAGUAUUGUCUGGACAUACAUGAAAUAGUACUUAAGCAGAAUCAGGUUGGUUACUUCUGAUAGGCAAAGAGGGGCGCAUAAUGCUCCUUUUCGAAUUUCCUGAGGUAUUAUCAUAUUUAUAAGUUAAUCCUUAUAAAAAUUGUCAAACAAAUUUAAAAGAAAGCACAGCAAUUAUUGUUAAAAGACCUGUGGAUACAAGGACAAUAAAUAAAUUACACCUACGGUUAAUUACAGGUAUUUUCACUUUGGUUUUGGACCUGAAUUGAUAGCAGUUCUCUCCUCGGCACUCCAACACCUCUGUAUUACAAAAAUUGAGGAAGUCAGUCAUUUACAGCAGUUACAUGUACCCUUAAUCCAAUCUGAAAACAAAAUUUGUCAUUUUGUGUUACAAAUCAUUAAUCAAGACAGGAAGUUUUAAACAUAUAUUUCAGGAAUACAUCAUUUCAUACAUUUUCUUUUGUAUCCCACUCCCUCUCAUUUUUAUAACAUUAGGAGUGUAGUUCUAAACAAUUACUCCCAGCAUUCUUACAUACGGUAGUCAUAAUAUAGAAACAAAUUGUAGUUUUCUACAGUGACUUUUACUAGUGUACCUUUUAAAAAAAAAUCAACAACAUAUUUGUAAGUUUCACCAAGUGCGAGACAAAUUUUUAAAAGUUGUUAAGGUUACCUAGGUUUGAUGUAUUACAUAUUUAUAUCUUAGUGGAUUUUAAUAAGACAAAAUAAGCAAAUACAGUUUAUGAUAUAUGUGCCAUUACUACAUAAAACUGCCAAACAAAACAAUCUUAAGUUCAUAUGUAUAGUUCUAUACCUUUUGUCUUUUUACAACAGAUGGAUCUUAAAAGUGAAUUAAACAUAAAUCAUAUCAUUUAUAAAAGGCGCAAAAACAUGUGUGACAGCCUGUACCUAAGUUGUUGGGCGUUUGUAUUUUUGUGUCAUACUGUACUACUACAGAAAAAUAUCAGAUUUUAAUUUAAUAAAAAAUCCUGUAGUUAAUUUUCCCAUAACUUUUAAAUACAUUUUAUGGGUAGACUGAUAUUUCUAGAGGUUCAUGUUUUUCUAAAGUGAAUUUAAAUGUAGUCAGCAUUUUAUCAUUGUUUCUUAAAAGUUAUGAAGUAGUUAGAAGUAUAACAAUGAAAGCUGACUACAUGUAGUCUUAAAGCCUUUAAUUCUAUUCUGGUGCAAAGUUUUGGUCGUGAUUUAAAGUUGUUAUUUGUUAAAAUAUUUCCAUAUCAUGCAAUAUACCAUUCCGUUAUUAGAUAUAUGUGUAUUAACAUAUUCAUUAUAUUUAUAUAAACAAAACAAGAAUAAAUGAUCUAUGCAAUCAAAAUAA